GCCACUCAACAAGUCGUAACUCAACUCGUGCUCGGUCCCCGGCAAAAGAGCCCAACCUCAAGGUUUCCAGCAUUACCAACACUUCUCUCACAGCUGUCCAACACAAUCAAUUAACAAGACAUCUUUCAUUCAACCUUUCAUCUAACACACAUCUAUACAAUUGGCCAGCAUUGCGUUGGAGUUCUUUAUCUACCACUCAUCUCCCUUGUCUCCCUUUGCAGCUUGGUCUGACCAAAUCUUCACGUGCGCAGUUGCACUUCCCACUCUCCUCUCUGCGCCUCUUUGGUGCAUUGAGAUGCCUACACACCAAUUCAGUGAUUACUGGUGACAAGGCUUUGUCUCCCCGUCAGGACGGCGAUUGAACGGCCCCUUCUCAUCUCCGCAUCACGUUCUUAAUCCCUAACGAUAGACUAGACGACUGGACUGCGGUCGUCUAGUGCUCACCACACCCGAUUUCCAUCAUGUCGUCCGCAAUUAAUGAUGACGAAUUAUCAAUGUCUCUGCCGCAAGGUGACCCUACCACCAAAGUCAGAACCUCCUUACCUCCCGUUGUCUCUCCUCCAGCCAGAUUGUCACAAACACCCGUCGCAGAGUCACCCGCCACUGCUCGUGCGAUGAGUCGACUUAACCAGUAUAGCUUUGUGCGAAAUAUUGGCGAGGGGUCCUUUGGCAAGGUGAAACUCGCAAGACACAAGAUCACAGGUCAAGAGGUGGCCAUGAAGACUAUCAGUCGUCGAAAACUCAUUAGUCGUGACAUGGCAGGUCGUAUUGAAAGAGAGAUUCAAUAUCUACAACUCCUCCGUCAUCCUCACAUCAUCAAACUCUACACCGUCAUCACCACCAAGACAGACAUCUACAUGGUUCUGGAAUACGUUCCUAUGGAGUUAUUUGACUACAUUGUCAAACACGGCCGCCUGGGAGAAGCCAAGGCUCGCAAGCUGUUCCAACAGAUCAUCUGCGCAGUCGAGUAUUGCCACAGACACAAGAUCGUCCAUCGAGAUCUCAAACCCGAGAACCUUCUCCUUGACAAAAACAUGAACGUCAAGAUUGCCGAUUUUGGUCUCAGCAACAUCAUGACCGACGGCAAUUUCCUCAAGACAAGCUGCGGAAGUCCAAAUUAUGCUGCACCUGAAGUUAUUGGCGGAAAGUUGUACGCUGGACCCGAGGUCGAUGUCUGGAGUUGUGGAGUCAUUCUUUAUGUCUUCCUCGUUGGCCGAUUGCCUUUCGACGAUGAAUUCAUCCCGGCUUUGUUCAAGAAGAUUCAGGCUGGCACCUUCCACAUUCCUUCACAGACUCCACCCGGAGCUGUCAACCUCAUCAAAAGAUGUCUGCAAGUGCACCCAGUUCAUCGCAUCACUAUUCCCGAGAUCCGUCAAGAUGAAUGGUUCAUCAAAGACCUACCGGCUUAUCUAGUCGAUCCAGUUGAGGAAUUCCUGGACACCGGAGUGGACCCAUCGAAAGCGAUCGAUCCUCGACAGCUGGCGCCCGGCAAGCCAAUCGAAGUGGUGGAAAAGAUUCACGAGCAGGUUGUUGGAAAGUUAGGCCGCACCAUGGGCUAUGCCAAAGAAGAUGUCAAAGACGCUUUGAGCAAAGAUGAGCCCAGUGCCAUCAAAGAUGCAUACCUGAUCGUGAGGGAGAAUCAACUCAUGGUCAAUGCUCCACAAUACCGUGCAGCCAACCCUGAACUGGAGUCCUUCAUGGCUUCGUCACCACCUACUGAGCCCAAUUAUCCUGGAUUCCCAGGUUCACCAAUCAAUGCCUCGGCGCGCAAGUUUGAAGAGAUGAAACCGUUAACGCCGACUCGAGGUGAUGCCCACCGAGCAAGUCGCACACUUUCCGACACUCCUCCAAUCAAAGAAGAAGAGAAGCCUCGGAUCUCCACUGUGCGGGUGCUCAACACCUCGUUGCCGCAUGUUCAUGAUGAGGUAUUGCAGAUUCGAGAGCGGGCAAAGGCUCGUGGCGAAGACCCAGACCUCGCUCUUCACCCGUCACAAGACAGCAGCAACAGCGAAAUUGACAGUCCGAUUCCCGAAGAAAUCAAAGACGAACAUGGCAAUCCCAUCUAUCGGUCCAAGGAGGAGCAGGAGGCGACAUCCAAAGCACUCAAGCCCCACUCGAGGUCGGUGACGCAAUUGAACUCGAUGCGUGAGAACAAGCAGAAGCCACAGGGAAUGACAACAGUUUCUUCUGAAGAGAAGAGAGCAGCCCCCGCGAAAACCAAGCCAAGAAAAUGGCAGUUUGGUAUUCGGUCACGAAAUGAGCCGUGGGAGGCGAUGAAAUGUCUGUUCAAUGCACUUGAAGCAUUGGGGGCAGACUGGGAGAUCAACCCUUGGCUCAAACCCGAGUCGGUGGCAGACGGCGAAGACGAAAAAGACAACAUCCCAGCAAUGCCCGUGGAGCUGCCACCAGGAGAACGGCAUACUUUGCUCCAAGAGAAGUAUGAUUUCGUGCCCAGUGACUACUAUAUCCCACGCGAUACGUACAGCAUUCGUGCUCGAGUUUUGAAGAAGGGUAUGUUGAUGCCUGGAGAAGCACCGUCUCUUUCGGCGCACAGUUCCGCUGUCAGCUUGCCACAGGAGGCUCAGACCCAACUCAAAAGACACAUUGAACAGCUUGGUAUUUACACGUCGGAUGAGAUGCGGGAUGCGUUGGGCAUGUCUUCGGCCAAUGGUGGCAAAGCUAAACUCAAGUCACCUACUGGCAGCGUCCAUGCCUCGAGACAAAACGCGGGGUCAGGGGAGCACUUCAGCCAUGGCCAAGAGUCGUUCACUGGGCCCGGACAGCCUCUCAGCAGACCCGACAGCCUGUCAGCCCUGAACAUGAAGGGUCCAAACGACCAUAUCGGCGUGUGGGUAUUCCUUGACAUUCAAUUAUACGCACUUGAAGGACAGACGUUUGUGGUGGAUUUCAAGUGUGACGGAUAUCAAAAUGUCAUUUGGCACGAUGUUAAGAAAGAUCGAGAACGCAUCAAGACUUCUGGCAGCGCCAGCACACUUGCCAGUCCAACCAACAGCCGCCCAACCAGUGGGUUUGGCGAAACCAGCCACCCCAGCUCAGAUCGUUUGGACGAGGAGAGUGGCGAAGGGUACUGGAAACCAGUGAGCAAGAGGUACAAGAAUGUGGAAAAGGAGAUUUCGAGCCCUUAUCCAUACAUCGAUGUUGCCAGCGACCUGGUGGCUCAUUUGUGGGGAGGAAGUUGAGCGGAUUUCUGUGCCUCGGCAGCCUGAGACAGACAGACGCAUGGACAGAGCAUGUAACGAUAAUUGUGACGACGAAGAAAAUGACCAUCAUCUGAUGCCCUUCCAACCAUGGAGGCAUAGCAGAUGAAAGGGCGGCACGGGCAACGUGAAACCUGGUUGCGGCUAAAAGAGAGGAUACCCUGUUUGCAAUGGUGUCAGGAUUUCACAUGGAUUGGACCGCAAUGGAAAGCCUCGUUGAGGGCAGAGAGAAAUGCGCCGGAGACUCGAAAGAGCGAGGAUCAAAAGUCAGCCCGACAAUUGUCUCUAUAUCGACAUUCGUAAACUGGCAUUUGCUGGAGACAAGGCUAGGGAAGGAAAGCGUAUAAUAGUCCUUGAUAGCUGAGAUGACAACAUGGAUAUUGACUUUCA